AUGACUGAAAUUUGCAUCAGCUUCAAGCAAUCUUUCACCGCCAAUGUCAACAACCUGAAACGGAGGUUUUCCUCCGGAGAUUUGACCGAGUAUGACGAUGCCAAUGGAGAUCCCCAACAGCUGCCGCAGCCACCACCACCGUCAACUUCAGCUCAAGUCCAUCAACAACAGCAACCGGCUCUGCCACCACGGCCCGUUCCGGCAUCUGGACCCAGCAGCACCGCGCAGCCAGUACCUCAACCUCAACAACAGCAGGUUGGUCAAGCAGCAGCAGCGGCUCCCCAGCAACCGGACCUGUCGUUGCCUUUGAGAUCAAGCAGCCGCACAACGAGCGCUCCCACAUCUCCGGCGAAAUCACGCGAAUCUUUACUCCAAAGAGUUUCCAGCUUAACAUCUAAUGUUGUAGGCAAUGUAAGCCGCGUAGCUUCGUCCCAGAUACAACAGCAGCAACAGCAAACGGUCGAAACUGGCAAGUUAUCGUACAAUAAGGACCACUGCUUCACCUUGUUGGUCAUUGACGACCAAAAUACCGACUGGUCGAAAUAUUUCCGAGGAAGACGGAUUCACGGCGACUGGGAUGUCAGAGUGGAGCAAGCGGAAUUCCGUGAACUAUCCAUCACGGCCUCAACCGACAGCGGGGCCACGGUUUCCAUGGCCGUUUACCGUAGCGGCACCAAAGUCGUCAGAGCUUUCCGGCCGGACUUUGUGCUGAUUCGCCAGAAUAUGCGUGACGCUAGUGAAGACUACAAAUCCAUCGUGCUCGGUCUCAAGUUUGGCGGCGUGCCGAGCAUUAACUCUUUGGAGGCUGUCUAUCAUUUCCAGGAUAAACCGUGGGUGUUUGGCCAUCUGCUGGAUUUGCAACGCCGUUUUGGACGUGAUCAGUUCCCUUUGAUCGACCAGACUUUCUACCCGAACCACCGCGAAAUGAUGUCGGCUCCGCGGUUGCCCGCUGUCCUCAAGAUCGGCCAUGCUCACGGUGGACUCGGCAAACUCAAAGUGGAGACUCCGUUGGAUUUCCAGGACGCCGCAUCUGUCGUAGCAGUUUCCAAUUCUUAUUGUACUGUAGAGCCUUACGUGGACUCCAAAUUCGACAUCCACAUCCAGAAGAUCGGCAACUACUACAAAGCCUUCAUGCGCAAAUCGAUUUCGGGCAACUGGAAGACCAACUUGGGUUCGGCCAUGCUAGAGCAGACACCCAUGACGGAAAAGUACCGCGGAUGGAUCGAGGCCGUGGCAGCCCAGUUUGGGGGCCUCGAUCUUUGCGCCUUGGAGGUCCUGGUGGCCCGCGAUGGACGCGAAAUCAUCAUGGAGCUCAACGACUGCGCCCUGCCGCUCCUCGGAGACUCGCAAGAAGAGGACCGCCGUCUCAUCUCGGAGCUUGUCCUCCAUCGCAUGAACACUCAAUGUCGACCACCUGGGAUGCCACCCGGUCCACUUGCCGGUCCAGCUCCAUCCACCAUGUCGAACGCGCAAUCCCGCCAUUCAAUAACAAGCGGUAGUCGACCAGAAUCGCCGAUGGAAAUGGAACGUAGCAGCUCAGCUAUUCCGCCUUCGCUGGCAGGUGACGAUUCAGUCCCAGGAGUGGCUGGUGGUGCUCCGGCUUUGGCGUCUCAGCAGUCAACGCCAUUGCAGCACCAAACGUCUCGUGACGUCCUGGGUGGAGGCAAUCCGUUCCUCACCCGACGCGGUACUGAAGACGGGACGCAGUCCGUUUCCGCAGGAUCAUUGGCUCGUUCCUUUUUUACUCGCAGUUCGUCCCAACAAGCGCAGGAAGGAUCAGUUGGAGGACCUGAUGAUGGCGAGGACACGAUGAAGAAUUUGCGCAAAACAUUCGCCGGAAUCUUCGGUGACAUGUAAAAAUGGGAGAGGACUGGGGAUUUUGCUAAUCAGUGGACGAUCGCAGAGAUGAUGUUGAACUCUCAUCCGAGAAUGUGUAUCAGAUUCCCCUUCAUCUAAAGUCCAAUUCAACAGUGACCCAACAUUAGAAAGAUAUUUCAAUGUUAUUCGAUACUUUCUCUUUCUCUCCCUCCUGUUUUUUUAUCUUUCUCUCAUCAUAUUGCGUGUUUUUCCACUCACCCUUUCUUCUUUAUUCCCUUAGCCAAUCUAUCAAUCGAUGAAGAUGCAGAGAAUAAGCGUACACACAACGAGGGCUGGAAAAAAAAAAGAAAUAAUCUUUAUCAUUGGGAAACCGAAAGCUUCAAAAAGAAACAAGACAAAAAAAAAACAAAAAACAAAAAAGAGGCGAAUAAGAAUUUUCUCUCUUUGAAUAAUAAAUGUCUUUCCUUACUCGACCCUUUUAAUGCCCGUCCUAGUUUGUUUUUAGAGUUCUGCAUGCAUGUUUUCUUCCCAGCAGUGGAUUACAUUUUCUGACAACCCGGCAGUUAUCAAAAAUCUGAUACAGUUUAAAUGUUUCUUUUUUCGCGGAAAGCAAACACAAAAAGUGGAAUAACGAUUGAUUCUUGCAUCGUUUUCGGACAUUCGGGAUUAGGUUGUUUUCAUUCAACCGCUAGAAAAGGUUCAUUACGCAAAAUUGAACCCUUGUUUCGUUGUGUUAUUCGCAAAACAGUUAGUGGCGUUGGCUUGUUCCUCUUUAUUUUACUUCAUUAUUUUUCAGCUGACUGUCAAUUCUAUUAAUCAUGUUAAAAAGUGUGUGUGUGCGUGUGCUAUCACCUUUUUUCUGUUAUUUACAAAGUGCAGCCUACUUCCGCCCAUCAUGCAAUACGGAAAAGUCGGAUGUGUUUUGUGCGUUAACGUUGGUGGCCAUCAUUGUAAGUUUUCCUCCCCAAUUUCCCACGUAUUAAUACACGUGGAGCUGAGUGUCUUAAAAACGAAAAA